AUGGCUUCGCAGCCCGAAGCUAGCGGGCAGACGCUGGCCGACGCGCCGCCGGCGGAAGCUGCUCCCACUCCCAUGGUCACUCCUCCGCCCGGAGUGCCCGUGAAAGCGCCGCCUCCGGCUCUGCAGGUUACGAAAGAUGAGCCUAAGGACUCCUCUCCAGAGAUCAGUCAGCUCAUUACGCUGACCGAAGAUUCACAAGUGGUCAAAUUUACCAAUGGUACUAUUCACCUUAGGCAGACGGGCAAAGAGCCCGAAACAAUCUCUUCAGCCAUGUUCGAAGCUCUGUUGCAGACUAUUCGAACGCAAGCAAGUGCAGCCGCCCCUUCUGCCAUGUCAGGUUUUACUGGCUUGGCCAGCACUGGCAGAGGCAGCGCUCCGGAAACAGACACAGAUCCCAUAGAAUGGGGUGAUAUGGACCCAAACUUUCGCAACGCUUUGCAGAGCUCCCCUGACCUUCUUAAGGCUUACAAUACUGUUCGCAAUCCGAAGAAAGUAGCUCGCUUUGACCCAGCCACAAACUCCUUUACGCCUACCACCAAUAUCGAACUCCCUUCUCCCAGUGUAGAGACUCCGCCGCCUCAGGUCACGAUGGCAAACCUCAGCACGGUACUUGCACAGUACCACGAACAAACCGUGCAGCCCUCCUUGGACCUUUUGUCCAACCACAUUAGGCAGGAAGUGGUCUCGCGUUUGGAUAAGCAGGGCUCCCUUAUUCGAUAUGAAGGUCUUGCGCUUCAGAGUUUGGAGGCGGAUGCAAUUCGCCGCACCGUUCUGAUCCAUGGUUUGCAGCCUUUUACCACAAAGUCGCAGAUUGACCAUAGUUUGCAUUACCUAUUGCAACAGGCUCAGCUAUCGGAGAGCGAUAUUCAGACUACAUCGAAUCAUGUGAAUACCUCCACUAAUGCCUUUCUGAAGGUUACUUUUCUACAGGAGUCUACUUCCAAGCACUUCUUUCAGGUGCUCUACCUACCCGACAAGCAUCUCAGCUAUGCCUGUUACCUUUUGGUGAUUCCGCGGUUUCUUGAUGUGGUCAGAACUCACUUUCCCCGGUUCUUUGGGGAUAAGCUUUUCAGUACCAUACAGUUCAUGCAGGCAUACGCCUCUGCUAGCCGCCACGCAACAACUGCCCUACGUUAUCAUUUCUCACAAACCAAAGAUGUCUCCAACCUCAGCAAAAAAGAUGCAAUUCGCUCCUUCCCCUACCCUAUCUAUCCCAUAGAGAUGACAGAUGAACUUUCUACGCAGCUCUCCAAGAACCCGAACUUCAUACUCCAGGGCUUUUUGGGGGUGCAAACUCAGAUUCAACAGGCAGUCGCGGAUCUAGGUAUCAACCUAGAGGAUUAUGGUAGAAAGGGCAAAGGCUCCACUCGCAACAAAGGCAAAGGUAAGGGAAAACGCUCCGACCGCAGUAAAGGCUAUCAGUCUGAUAUGUACCGCAGCCAGGAAGAGGAGCAAGAGGAUACGGAUGAGGCAAUGCAUCCCAGAGGUAGCAAAGGUUCCUGGCAUAGAGGCUCCCACUAUCGCGAAUGGCCUAGCUCUUCUAGGGAGACAGGUAAAGGUUCUCGCCAGAAUUGGGAUGAUUACCACCGCCCUGCUAAGACUAGGGUAGAUUACGGAGGUCCCAAGGAACGCCCUGAGAAGUGGUGGAAGGCGCGCGACUUUGAGGACUACGACCCGGCUCAGGACUCCACGCGCCGUCGCCGAGAAGAUGACCGCCAGCAAGAUGGGCGCCGCACGCGCCAGCGUGGCCGAGGCUUGGAUGAUCCCAACCUCCUUUUUCCUUGUGAGGAGUGUAUGGCUCUAGCGGGUACCAACUCUGCCUGUAAUGUUUGCAACCACAAGUACCAGUAUCACUAUGAUAAGCUCUGGAAGACGCAGCUGCUCCCCGACCUUGCUAGGUGGCUAUCGCUAGCCACGUUACAGCUGGCCUUUAUGGCCUUUUCUGU